CCCGGGCAGCAGGUUUCUGCUAAGUUUGGAGUUACUCCUCGCGACUGUAUGCCUGCGUCCUGCAGGUAAUAGCCAACCACGUCCGGGGGCUCUGCAACACAAGGAGUCUGCAUGUCUAGCAAGUAGACAUGCUCAGCUUUGUGGAUACGCGGAUUUUGUUGCUGCUCGCAGUAACUUCAUACCUAGCAACAAGCCAACAUGUGAGUGAGGCAUCUGCGGGGCGGAAGGGCCCUAGAGGAGACAAAGGACCACAGGGAGAAAGGGGUCCACCAGGUCCACCAGGCAGAGAUGGUGAAGAUGGUCCACCAGGUCCUCCAGGCCCCCCUGGUCCUCCAGGUCUUGGCGGAAAUUUUGCUGCUCAAUAUGAUCCAUCUAAAGCGGCUGACUUUGGCCCUGGACCUAUGGGUUUAAUGGGACCUAGAGGCCCACCUGGAGCAUCUGGACCUCCUGGUCCUCCCGGGUUUCAAGGUGUUCCUGGUGAGCCUGGUGAACCUGGUCAAACAGGUCCCCAAGGUCCUCGUGGUCCCCCUGGUCCUCCAGGAAAGGCUGGUGAAGAUGGUCACCCUGGCAAACCUGGAAGACCUGGUGAGAGAGGUGUUGCUGGUCCUCAAGGUGCUCGUGGUUUCCCUGGAACUCCUGGUCUGCCUGGCUUUAAGGGAAUUAGGGGACACAAUGGUCUGGAUGGUCAAAAGGGACAACCUGGUACUCCUGGCACCAAGGGAGAACCUGGUGCCCCUGGUGAAAAUGGUACCCCGGGACAACCUGGUGCUCGUGGUCUCCCUGGUGAGAGAGGAAGAAUAGGCGCCCCUGGACCAGCUGGAGCUCGUGGGAGUGAUGGCAGUGCUGGCCCCACUGGACCUGCCGGCCCCAUUGGUGCUGCUGGUCCUCCAGGCUUCCCAGGUGCUCCUGGUGCUAAGGGUGAAAUUGGACCUGCUGGUAAUGUUGGCCCUACUGGUCCUGCUGGUCCAAGAGGAGAGAUAGGACUUCCUGGUUCCAGUGGUCCUGUUGGCCCUCCUGGCAACCCUGGUGCUAAUGGUCUUCCUGGGGCUAAAGGUGCAGCUGGUCUUCCUGGUGUUGCUGGUGCUCCUGGUCUGCCUGGUCCCCGUGGUAUUCCUGGUCCUCCUGGCCCUGCUGGUCCAAGUGGUGCUAGGGGACUUGUUGGUGAACCAGGCCCUGCUGGUGCCAAGGGAGAAAGUGGUAACAAGGGUGAGCCUGGUGCUGCUGGCCCCCCUGGCCCUCCUGGUCCAAGUGGUGAGGAAGGCAAGAGAGGCAGCAAUGGUGAACCUGGCUCUGCUGGUCCCCCUGGCCCUGCUGGUCUAAGAGGUGUGCCUGGAUCUCGUGGUCUCCCCGGAGCUGAUGGCAGAGCUGGUGUCAUGGGACCUGCUGGUAACCGUGGUCCUAGUGGUCCUGUUGGUGCUAAGGGUCCUAAUGGUGAUGCUGGCCGUCCUGGUGAGCCUGGUCUUAUGGGUCCAAGAGGUCUCCCAGGUCAACCUGGAAGCCCAGGUCCUGCUGGCAAAGAAGGUCCUGUUGGUUUCCCUGGAGCAGAUGGUAGGGUUGGGCCAAUUGGUGCAGCUGGUAAUAGAGGUGAACCUGGCAACAUUGGAUUCCCUGGACCAAAAGGUCCCACUGGUGAACCUGGCAAGCCUGGUGAAAAAGGCAAUGUUGGUCUUGCUGGCCCACGGGGUGCUCCUGGUCCUGAGGGAAACAACGGUGCUCAAGGUCCUCCUGGUGUCACUGGCAACCAAGGUGCAAAGGGAGAAACAGGUCCUGCUGGCCCUCCAGGCUUCCAGGGUCUGCCGGGUCCCUCUGGUCCAGCUGGUGAAGCUGGCAAACCAGGCGAAAGGGGUCUCCAUGGUGAAUUUGGUGUCCCUGGUCCUGCUGGCCCAAGGGGUGAGCGUGGUCUUCCUGGUGAAAGUGGUGCUGUUGGUCCUGCUGGUCCUAUUGGAAGCCGUGGUCCAUCUGGCCCACCAGGCCCUGAUGGUAACAAGGGUGAGCCUGGUAACGUCGGUCCUGCUGGUGCUCCUGGUCCCGCUGGGCCUGGUGGAAUCCCAGGAGAGAGAGGUGUUGCAGGUAUUCCAGGAGGCAAGGGUGAGAAGGGUGCCCCAGGUCUGAGAGGUGAUGCUGGUGCAACAGGAAGAGAUGGUGCCCGUGGUCUCCCUGGUGCUAUUGGUGCUCCUGGCCCUGCUGGUGGUGCUGGUGAUCGGGGUGAAGGAGGUCCUGCUGGUCCCGCUGGUCCUGCUGGUGCCCGUGGUAUUCCUGGUGAACGUGGUGAACCUGGUCCUGUAGGUCCUAGUGGAUUUGCUGGACCUCCUGGUGCAGCUGGUCAGCCUGGUGCUAAAGGCGAGCGUGGCCCUAAGGGACCAAAGGGUGAAACUGGACCAACAGGUGCUAUUGGGCCAAUUGGUGCUUCUGGACCACCAGGUCCCGUUGGUGCUGCUGGUCCUGCUGGCCCUCGUGGUGAUGCUGGUCCUCCUGGCAUGACUGGUUUCCCUGGUGCUGCUGGAAGAGUCGGUCCUCCAGGCCCUGCUGGCAUCACUGGUCCCCCUGGUCCUCCUGGCCCAGCUGGCAAAGAUGGUCCUAGAGGUCUGCGUGGUGAUGUUGGUCCAGUUGGCCGUACUGGUGAACAGGGUAUUGCUGGCCCACCUGGUUUUGCUGGUGAGAAAGGUCCAUCUGGAGAGGCUGGUGCUGCUGGUCCCCCUGGUACCCCAGGUCCUCAGGGUAUUCUUGGUGCUCCUGGUAUCCUUGGUCUGCCUGGCUCUCGGGGAGAACGUGGUCUUCCAGGCAUUGCUGGAGCAACAGGUGAACCUGGUCCCCUGGGUGUUUCUGGUCCUCCUGGUGCUCGUGGUCCCUCUGGUCCUGUGGGUUCUCCCGGUCCUAAUGGUGCUCCUGGUGAAGCUGGUCGUGAUGGCAAUCCUGGAAAUGAUGGUCCUCCAGGCCGUGAUGGUGCUCCUGGUUUCAAGGGUGAGCAUGGUGCUCCUGGUAACCCUGGUCCCAGUGGUGCUUUGGGUGCUCCUGGUCCUCAUGGCCAAGUUGGUCCUUCUGGAAAGCCUGGAAACCGUGGUGAUCCUGGUCCUGUUGGUGCUGUUGGUCCUGCUGGUGCUUUUGGCCCAAGAGGUCUCGCUGGCCCACAAGGUCCACGUGGUGAGAAAGGUGAACCUGGUGAUAAGGGACAUAGAGGUCUGCCUGGCCUGAAGGGACACAAUGGAUUGCAGGGUCUUCCUGGUCUUGCUGGUCAACACGGUGAUCAAGGUCCUCCUGGUAACAAUGGUCCUGCUGGCCCAAGGGGUCCUCCUGGUCCUUCUGGUCCUCCUGGUAAGGAUGGUCGCAAUGGUCUCCCUGGCCCCAUUGGCCCUGCUGGUGUACGUGGCUCUCAUGGUAGCCAAGGCCCUGCUGGUCCCCCUGGUCCUCCUGGUCCCCCUGGUCCUCCUGGUCCCAAUGGUGGUGGAUAUGAAGUUGGCUUUGAUGCAGAAUACUACCGGGCUGAUCAGCCUUCUCUCAGACCCAAGGAUUAUGAAGUUGAUGCCACUCUGAAAACAUUGAACAACCAAAUUGAGACCCUGCUGACCCCAGAAGGCUCCAAAAAGAACCCAGCUCGCACCUGCCGUGACCUCAGACUUAGCCACCCAGAAUGGAGCAGCGGUUUCUACUGGAUUGAUCCUAACCAAGGCUGCACUGCAGAUGCCAUUAGAGCAUACUGUGACUUUGCCACUGGUGAGACUUGCAUCCAUGCUAGCCCUGAAGAUAUUCCAACUAAGACCUGGUAUGUCAGCAAGAAUCCCAAGGACAAAAAGCACAUAUGGUUCGGUGAAACUAUCAAUGGUGGUACUCAGUUUGAAUACAAUGGUGAAGGUGUGACCACAAAGGACAUGGCCACUCAACUUGCCUUCAUGCGUCUGCUGGCCAACCAUGCCUCCCAGAACAUCACCUACCACUGCAAGAACAGCAUUGCCUACAUGGAUGAGGAGACUGGAAACCUUAAAAAGGCUGUUAUACUCCAGGGAUCCAAUGAUGUUGAACUACGAGCUGAAGGCAACAGCAGAUUCACUUUCAGUGUUCUUGUGGAUGGCUGCUCUAGAAAGAACAACAAAUGGGGCAAAACAAUCAUUGAGUACAGAACAAAUAAGCCAUCUCGCUUGCCCAUCCUUGACAUUGCACCUUUGGACAUUGGUGGCGCUGACCAAGAAUUCGGUUUGCACAUUGGCCCAGUCUGUUUCAAAUGAAUGAACUAAAAUUAACUUAAAGGCCCCCCCCCAGAAUUAUUCUUUGUCAUUUCUUUUUGUAAUGAGAGCUGACUCCUUCCAUUUUUUCUGUUCAUCUACUUGCUUAAACUCUGGGCGAAAGAGAAGGAGAAGAACUGAUUGGAGCAUUGUGCAAUGAAACUUAAUACAGCCCCAAAAGGACUUGGAAGUCUUUCAAGAUUUAACACCUUGCUUUGGGAAAUGUCAACCUUUGUAAAGAAAAAAAAAA